AUGUCGACUCAGCGAACUAAGAAGCCCGCUGAGAUCAGAUACAAGUCGGCUUUUUUCGCGGCUAAACCCUCAAAGCAAGUUGAGUAUAUGCCUCAAGAUCAUGCUGAGCUCUCAGACACGGAGCAAUUAAUGGAGCAAUCAAAUGAAACUUUGGAGGCCCCACUCACACAGCGGGUAUUACAAAUUAUGCUCGAUAGUGCAGUCAUCAGAAUGCAGUCUACGUUCACAGAUGCUAUUUCUGAAGUUAAGAAAGACCUGACAGAGUUAGCUGCACGCACGCAUAAUGUGGAGACCGAUUUACGGAACUCAUGUACUGAGACUGAAAAACGUUUUGUGCGGUUAGAGGAGCAAAUAGCCUCCCAAGAACUUAAAAUUAUGAACCUGGAAGACAGGUCACGGCGAAAUAAUGUUCGGCUAAGAGGUAUAUUGGAAGAAGUAAGUGCACAAAGCUUAACAGCUUAUGUUACAGAGUUCUUUCAAACUCUACUACCAGAUAUUUCAACUGAAAAGCUACUAUUAGAUCGUGUGCAUAGGGUACCAAAACCACAACAUCUUCCCUCCACUACACCAAGAGAUGUCCUCGUAAGGAUUCACUUUUUUAACACCAAAGAGCUGAUCUUAAGAGCUCACAGAAAUAAAAAAGAUAUACCGGAGAGAUUUAGAGGAAUAUCUCUGUUCUCAGAUCUAUCAGCAGAGACCAUGAGACGUAGACGGACCUACAAGGAUAUUACAGAAUCCCUUAGAAGUAACAACAUAUCUUAUCGCUGGGGAUAUCCAGUUAAGCUUAUCAUUCUUAAAGAAGAGGGAAAUAUAACACUGACUUCACCGGCAGAAGGCGAGGAACUGCUACAGAGAUGGAAGAUACAUCUACUACAUGAGCAAGAUAAAGAUAAAGAUCAUAGCAGGAAUCUACGAGAAGAAGGCCGGGUACUCAGACCUAAAAAGAACUAA